AACCAUUUUCGCAAUGGCUGAACCGGAGGUUAACCCGGCCAUCCUUCCACUCUCCCGGCCUACUAGUAUGACCAGACAAACCACCUCUGCAACGACUUUUACAAUCUUCUAAAAAAGUGAUGGGAUCCAUCCCACGACCACGAGAGAGAAUGUUGAGAGAGAGAGAAAGAGAGAACCAGAGAUUCAAACCAGCAUUUAGGUGAAGAGAGAGACCACAUCUGAAGAAAACAUCCAGUACCAGGAGAAACCCACAUACCAUCGAGAGAGAGAGAGAGAGAGAGAGAGAGAGAGAAUCAAAGAAUAGGAAAGAACCCAUCGAGAAAAGGUAGGAGAGAGAGGGAGAGAGAAAUGGAAUCCGAGAACACCCAUCAAGAACCCGUCAAGAAACCAACCGAAACCUCAACAACGACCACCACAACAACCACCACCACAACCACCACCACCACCACAACAGCGUCAUCAACCAAGCCCUUCACGGCCGUCCUCCCGUACCAAACCCCUCGGCUCCGCGACCACUACAACCUCGGCAAGAAGCUCGGCCAGGGCCAGUUCGGCACCACAUACCUCUCCACCGACAAGGCCACCGGCGCCCAGUACGCCUGCAAGUCCAUCCCCAAGCGCAAGCUCCUCUGCCGCGAGGACUACGAUGACGUCUGGCGGGAGAUCCAGAUCAUGCACCACCUCUCCGAGCACCCCCACGUGGUGCGCAUAAAAGGCACCUACGAGGAUAACGUGUUCGUGCACAUCGUGAUGGAGCUCUGCGCCGGCGGGGAGCUGUUCGACAGGAUCGUGCAGAAGGGGCAUUACAGUGAGAGAAAGGCUGCGGGGUUGAUCAAGACCAUUGUCGGGGUUGUGGAGGCGUGCCAUUCGCUUGGGGUUAUGCAUAGGGAUUUGAAGCCUGAGAAUUUCUUGUUUGAUAGUUCUGACGAGGAUGCCAAGCUCAAGACCACCGAUUUCGGGCUCUCGAUUUUUUACAAGCCUGGCCAAUAUUUUUCCGAUGUUGUUGGAAGUCCGUAUUAUGUUGCACCAGAAGUGUUGCACAAAUAUUAUGGACCUGAAAUAGAUGUCUGGAGUGCUGGUGUUAUCCUAUACAUCUUGUUAUCUGGGGCUCCCCCAUUUUGGGCAGAAACUGACACGGGUAUCUUCCGGCAGAUUUUAAAAGGCAAAUUAGACUUUGAAUCUGAUCCAUGGCCUCUCAUUUCAGAGAGUGCUAAAGAUUUGAUACAAAAGAUGCUUUGUAGGGAUCCAAGGAAAAGAAUAACUGCCCAUGAAGUCCUAUGUCACCCAUGGAUCGUGGAUGACAGAGUGGCCCCUGACAAGCCCUUGGAUUCUGCAGUCUUGUCCCGCCUGAAGAAGUUUUCAGCUAUGAACAAACUCAAGAAAAUGGCUCUGCGUGUUAUAGCGGAAAGACUGUCAGAAGAAGAAAUUGGUGGUUUAAAACAGUUGUUUAAGAUGAUUGACACAGACAACAGUGGAACUAUAACAUUUGAGGAGCUAAAAGCGGGUUUGAAAAGAGUAGGUUCCGAGCUAAUGGAGUCUGAGAUCAAGGCCCUUAUGGAUGCGGCUGACAUCGAUAAGAGCGGGACAAUUGACUAUGGUGAAUUUAUUGCUGCCACAUUGCACAUGAAUAAGAUGGAGAAAGAGGAGAAUUUGCUUGCAGCCUUCUCUUUCUUUGACAAGGAUGGUAGCGGUUACUUGACCAUCGACGAACUUCAACAAGCUUGCAGAGACUUCGGUCUCGCUGAUUUUAAUUUGGAUGAGAUGAUCAAAGAAAUUGAUCAAGACAAUGAUGGACGUAUAGACUAUGGGGAAUUCGCAACGAUGAUGAGGAAGGGAGACGCAGAAAUUGGCAGCAGAACCAUUAGAGGAAACUUAAACUUUAGCUUGGCAGAUGCCUUUGCUGGAAAAACCGACUUGGCAGAUCAACACUAGACUGUGUUUGUUGAAACUUGCGGCUGCUUAAGAAAUGGAAUGGUUAAAUUCUGCUGCUCUGAUGAUUUCUAAAAAUUUUGUUGGUUUCAUUGAUAAGUACACUUUUUGCAGUCUUAGAUGGUGAGGUUUCCUCAAGACUAAUCUUUUUCAUAGUUCUCUUACUGAUCUUGCCUGUUUCCUUCUCCAAAAUGCAAUUUUGACAGAACAAAAAUGCCAAAACUUGGGUUAGAAGAGGCCAAAAAGUUGGUUUUGUUGCAGAGCAAGUAUGUGGAAAGCAGAAGGGUUUAAGCAAUUAUAGUUGUAGUAGUUCGGUUGUGCAAGGGAUGAGUAACAUUCCCCUUUCUAUUUUGUACAAGCAAAGCAAUGAUAUAUUCAGCUUUUGAUUGAAAUUUAUUGUCGUGUUUAUUUUUUCCCAA